CAACGUCACACUGGCUAGCUUUAGUCAAAACCGCCCCUGUGAUACAAAGGGAGGACGCAGACGACGAGAAGAAAACAGAGAGAACUCGAUUCGAUUUGUGCAGUGUUUGGCUUGAAGCCAGUCCACGAAACAUUUUGAGAAGGAGGGUUAAAAAAAAAAAAAGAAAAGAAAGAAAAAAACAAUGACGGGGCUGCCGAGGGACGUCACAAGAUGGCUGCAGAGCCUCGAACUGACUAUCCAGCCAAUGAACGUACGCAGAGAAUUUUGCAGUGGCUACCAUGUAGCUGAGAUAUUUUGCCGUUAUUAUCCCAGGGAUUUUGAAAUGUGUUGCUUCACCAAGGGAACAUCAUUCUCUAUCAAGCAGGACAACUGGAACAAGAUACGGCGAGCACUGCAGAAGUUGUGUCUGCACCUGACUGAGAAGCUGAUCUACGGGACCAUCCACUGCAAACCGGGAGCAGCUGAGUUGCUGCUGCAGCAGGUGUAUUCUGUCCUGACCAAGCACAGGCCUCAAACAGCUCAAACCUCAGAGUUGGAUUUAUCUGACCAGAAGUACCAGCAGCUACUCCCUCCGAUGGCUCGGUCCACCGCCACCACGGCCGUGAAGAGCAACCUGAGAAAGACUGAGAUAUUGGCCCUGCCUGACACCCUCAUCAAUGGGCGUAGGGCCGAGGCCAUCAUCAGCAAGCAUCGGCAAGACAAGAUUGCAGACAGGGCGAUGACUGAUCAUGGGCGUUCAAACUUGGUCAAGUCAAAACUCAUACAAACAACAGUGGAAAAUCUAAAUGGAGAUGAAAGUUACUCUGUCAGCGAGCUGUGCCUCCAAUCAUCACUGAGUGGUGCUAUCGUCUCGUACAAGACCAUCAAAGUGAACCAGCCUGCCAGAAGACUUCCACAAAGCUGUUAAAGCAAACAUGCAGGCAUCCCACCUCACCCCUCACAAUUCAAACCAGUUCCCAAUGUCUCAGUAACGUAAAGUUCUGUAGCUUGCUCUUCUCAAAUUUCCUCCAAGGAUCUAUAAUUACGGGACCUUGACAAAAUUAACCUGCUCUAUGUGAAA